AUGAGUGGUACCAUCUCGUUGGGAAAUGGCACCAUCAAGCGGGUUGUUCGAAAUGGAAAUGAUACAAGUAAGAAGAAGAACGAAAGAAAGAAUGAAUUUGACUCAUCUUCUCAACCGAGUACCUCAAAAACAACGAGUGCUUCUCCACGUCGACUGGAAUGUUUGGUGGAUCCUCAAUGGGAGUUAAUAGAUCCGACACCGGAUAUUCAUGCGCUUUUCCUGCAAUUUAAUGACACUUUCUUCCAAGGUACCCUAGCUGGAUGUGAGGUUCGAUGGAGCCCUCGUAUGACACUAUGUGCGGGUUUGUGUUCGUAUGAGGGUCGAGGUGGCCUAUGCUCAAUUCGACUUAGCAAACCAUUGCUGAGUCUAAGGCCGAGAAAAGAUCUAGUUGAAACGUUGCUUCAUGAAAUGAUUCAUGCAUACCUGUUCGUUACAGUCAGGAACAGAGAUCGUGACGGUCAUGGUGAAUCGUUUCAAUUUCAUAUGCGUCGUAUAAAUGCUAGAGCUGGUACACAUAUUACCAUUUAUCAUUCGUUUCACGCUGAAGUAAGGAACUAUCAUCAACACUGGUGGAGAUGCGAAGGAGUGUGUCGCAAACGACCACCGUUCUUCGGUUUUGUGAAACGUGCAAUGAAUCGGGCACCAGGCCCGUCUGACUAUUGGUGGAGCCGACAUCAAGCCAGUUGUGGAGGUAAAUUCGUGAAAGUCAAAGAGCCGGAAGGUUAUGCGAAUGGUAAAAAGAAAUCAUUGGAAGGAAGCAAACGAAAAAUUGAAACCGCUGAAACUGACAAUACUGAUUCAAAGAUGAAACGUUCCAAAUCCGAAUCUCCAUCAAAACCCACUCAAAAUCAGUCUCAAAUAACAAAUUUCUUCCCGUUCUCAGGGACAGGACAAAAAGCGGAAAGCAGUAAAAAUCAAUGUGAUAAAUCACAAAACAGUUCACCAAAAGAUACCAAAAGUAAUCUGAGGAAUUUGAUGCUUGAAGCUGCUUUACGUCGACAGCAGCGGGCAACUGCGACAUCUUCAGUGCCCUCAAUCGGUCCGAGUAGAUGUGAUACGAAAACGAGAGUGCCCAAAUCUCUCAAUCGUACGUUCCCACCUAAACGUAAACCUAACAAUAUACUCAUACCAAAACGCAAAACUAUACCGAAAAAUUCUGUGAAACCAGAGGUGAUCACGAUCGACGACUGA